ACAUUCAAAAAUCAAACGGGUCAGAGAGCCAGAUAAACGGAGCGGGGUGAGCCCGGGAGCCGGAUAAACGGAGCGGGGUGAGCCCGGGAGCCGGAUAAACGGAGCGGGGUGAGCCCGGGAGCCAAGCAAAAGGAACGGGUCAGGUGCUGAUUAUUUUUUGUUGACUAUGGCCAUUGAUUAUGAAGAGCUGCUGAAACACUAUGAACUACAGGAAACUAUUGGUACAGGGGGGUUUGCUAAAGUAAAACUAGCUCGCCACAUAUUGACGAGGGAAAAAGUUGCCAUAAAGAUCAUGGACAAAGAAUUACUUGGGGAAGACUUGCCUCGAGUUCAAACGGAAAUUGAAGCAAUGAAGAAUUUGAGUCACCAACAUGUUUGUCGUUUAUACCAUGUUAUAGAGACAGCACAGAAAAUCUUCAUCAUCCUGGAGUACUGCCCUGGUGGAGAGCUGUUUGACUAUAUUAUUGCAAAAGACCGAUUGUCGGAAGAAGAAGCUCGGAUCUUUUUCCGUCAGAUUGUAUCAGCUGUGGCUUAUGUUCAUAGCCAGGGCUAUGCUCAUCGCGAUCUAAAACCAGAAAAUCUACUGAUAGCUGAAGAUCAUAGUAUAAAGCUAAUUGAUUUUGGUCUAUGUGCAAAACCAAAGGGUGGUUUAGAUUAUCCUUUAAAAACGUGCUGUGGUAGCCCAGCCUAUGCAGCACCUGAACUUAUCCAAGGGAAAACUUACAUUGGCUCUGAGGCAGAUAUCUGGAGUAUGGGAGUUCUUUUGUAUGCACUUCUCUGUGGAUUUCUCCCAUUUGAUGAUGAUAAUGUGAUGACUCUUUAUAAGAAAAUCAUGAGAGGAAAAUAUAAUGUACCUAAAUGGCUCUCACCGACAAGUGUUCUCGUUUUGAAUCAAAUGUUGCAGGUGGAUCCAAAGAAGCGCAUUACAGUUAAACAUCUUCUAAGCCACCCUUGGCUAAUACAAGAUUACAGCUGCCCAGUUGACUGGCACACUAAAUAUCCAAUUAGCCAUCUUGAUGAGGACUGUCUUACAGAAUUAUCUGUGUUCUUCAAGCGUUCAAAAAAGAGUAUGUCCAGUUUGGUGACAGAGUGGAAAUAUGAUAGAAUAACAGCUGCAUAUCUGCUGCUGUUGCAUAAGAAGAACCAUGGCAAGCCUGUUCGCUUGUUUUCUUGCAGUGAAGACCAUAGCAUGCCUUCAACACCCCUUGGAGAAUUGCGGUCCAAGAGGAAUGUAAGUUUUGAAGAUGUGGAAGAUAAUGGUCGCUAUGUGUGCAGAUCUGUGGAAUUUGCAGAUGAAUGUGCCCUAUAUGAUCCACUUUUUUUGACGCCCCAAACAGAGCGACCACGAUGCAGAUUACUUAAAGAUUCUUCAGAAGAGAAUUUACGAUCUUCAGGCAAGCAAAAAAUUGCUUCAAAGAAAUCUGAAAACAAAGAAAAUAAAAAGCGGGUAAAAAUUGUGAAAACUGAUGAUCACUUUGUGCAACCUGAAGCCAAAACGCCAGUGGUUAAUAAAAACUAUGGAAAGAAAAAUCUGUUCAAUUCCAAAGAACAUGCAGAUAUUCAUCAUAAAGCCAUGAUCAACUGCAACAAGGAGAUGCCUAUAAAACAUACUACAAAUCAGCUUUUCACAGAGGAAUUAACAGGCACAGCAUUUAGCCCAGAAAGACGGACCCGUUCAUUGGACAUGGAUCUGAAUCAGGCUAAUGAUGAAAGUGGCCAGAAGAAGAAAGGUGCCAAGAUGUUUGGAAGUUUAGAAAGGGGCUUGGAUAAGAUGAUCACAAUGCUAACGCCUAACAAACUGAAAAAGUCUUCUAAGGAUGGACCAAGGAGAAUCAAGGCGCAAUAUAAUGUAACUACAACAACCAUGCUGAAUGCAGAUGAAGUUUUGAAUGAAAUAAUCCUGAUUCUGCCCACAAAACGUGUUGAUUUCGUGCAAAAAGGCUAUACCUUAAAAUGUCGGACUAGAUCAGACUUUGGAAAGGUCACUAUGCAGUUUGAACUGGAGAUAUGUCAGCUUAGCAAACCUGAGGUAAUUGGAAUUAGAAGACAGCGACUAAAGGGUGAUGCCUGGGUUUACAAGCGUUUGGUUGAAGACAUUUUAUCCAGUUCCAAUGUUUAAUCAAUGCUUACAUUGGAAAUUUAAACUUGUGUGAAUAUAUAGCUUUUAACAUCUCAUGGUUAUUAAAGGACUGCUUUCUUAUAAUGGCUUUACUCCAAGGUAUUCUCUAUUUUAGAAAGUCUGUUUUACUACUACCCUGCAAAAAAUGUAUUUCAUCUAAUUGGAAACAACGGUUUCAAAAUGCAUUGGCUACAGGCAAAUGUGUUGUAUGACGUUUAAGGUUUGUGUACAUAAGGGGAUCUCUUUUAGUGACUCUCUUAAAGAGCCAACUGCUAAUUAAAUCUUUAAAAUUGCUUUUGGAGAUUGUCAACUGAGACACUGCUUUAAAAGUACCAACUAUGGAGAAUGAAGGAGGAUUAGGCUAGGUUCUGAGAUGUUUGUAUUCCUACUCCCUAGACCUGAAAUAUUAUUACAUAAAAGUGUUAGCUUCCUGACUGGAAUUAGCCACAAGUGAGUAAGUUUUAAGAACUCAUUUAUGCACCAAAAUAUAAUGAAGGAUAAAAAGGGAGUAUUUAUAUGGGGAAUUGUUUGGGAUCAUCAUAAACUUCAGAAUAGUGUUCUUUUAAACUGUAAAGUGCCAUGGCCAUGUUACGCUACAACCUCACUGUCUGAAAAUUGAGCUAUAAUUAGCUUUUCAUAAUAAAGAAAACUCAUGAAUAAAUGUAUAAGAGAGCUCUAAUAGUUAUGUUUACAUUCAGUUCUCCAUUUUUAUUCGUAUACUUUUCAUCAUGUAGCUUGUUUAUACAAUUUGUAUAUAGUACAUUCAUUGUAUCCAUAUGAAGUAGCUAUGG